AUGCUGACGUUGCGAGUGUGCCCUGCUGGUCGUCGACCUACUGCCACUACCUUUCUGGCACUGCAGCAGCUACGAUGCCGCCAUGGAGGCCGAUCACGAGACCCACAAGUAGGGUUGUCUACGCCUGUACCAGAGGAUGCGCCGAAGCGUAGCUCGCCCUCGCCCUUCUACUUCGAAGCCGGAUAUGCUGGUUGGGCCAAACGUCCCUCGCGACCCUUCCCACCGCCCUUCUUCUCCCCUCCGUCCGGAUCGUUCAGUGAUCCCUUGAGCACACAUAACCGGGCUUCGGAUCGCAGACCACAGGUCAAUGGGCAGUUGAUCCGAGGUGUCACGAAUGGCGACGAUGCUCUGCUCGUUAGCGACAACAUGAUUGGGACGAAUGACGGUGUAGGCGCGUGGGCACAGAGGGAACGAGGGCAUGCGCCAUUAUGGAGUCGGUUUAUUUUGCAUUUCUGGGCUUUGGCGGCGGAGAAGGACGCAUAUGGUCGGGAUACUGAAGCAGGGCUGCCCGAUCCCGUGAGGUAUCUGAGCCAGGCGUAUGAGCAGACGAAGGAGGCGCUUAGUGAGCCUAAUGAGUGGCUGGGGACUACGACGGUGUCUGCCGCUCUGCUACAUUAUACACAAGACCCGGACGGAGGAGCUCAGAAACCGCGAGUAUACGUCACGCAAUUGGGAGACAGCAAAGUCAUGGUUGUGCGUCCCAAGGACAAAGACGUCAUCUUCGAAACGGAAGAGCAAUGGCAUUACUUCGACUGCCCGCGACAACUCGGCACCAACUCCCCAGACACACCCGAGAAGAACGCCGUCCUCGACAUCAUCGAAGUGGUGGAAGAAGAAGACAUCGUCCUCGCGCUCACAGACGGCGUGACGGAUAAUCUCUGGCAGGAAGAAAUCGCGGAAUUCGCCGUCGAGGCACUGGAGAAGUGGAGGGGCGAGGUGGGGGAGCAGAAGGAGAGUUUGGCCGAGGGCAUGAGGUUCGUGGCGCAGGAGUUGGUGUUGGCUGCCCGGAAAGUGGCGGAGGAUCCUUUUGCUGCGAGUCCGUUUAUGGAGAGGGCGGUUGAUGAGGGGUUGGCGGUUGAGGGGGGGAAGUUGGAUGAUAUUUCUGUUGUUGCGGCUGUUUGUCGGAGGAGGAAGGGGUGGGAAGGGGACGAGAGGUGGAGUUGA